AUGCCAUACCGCACCAUCGUCAAAUGGAUAACAUCAUCAGCUCCCUUUUGGUCUAGUGGUGAGGAUUUUCGCCUGUCACGCGAAAGGCCCGGGUUCAAUUCCCGGAAGGGGAGAAACAACUUUAUAACGAAUGCAUAUUCCGCAUGCGAAGGCAAUGAUAAUAUAAUUCAAUCUUUAUCAUCAUCAUCAACAUCAACAUCAACAACAACAUCACUCCGGGGACUCAUGGAAAACUAUAUGUUUAAGUUUAAGUUGGAGCAACCAGAGUCUACCAAAGAAAAUGAUAACAAGAAGUGUGUAUUCAAUGAUGAGGAAAUUGAAUCGGUUGAUUAUGGCUUAAAUAUUUUGUUCGAAGUGAUUGAAAAUGAAAAUAAUUAUAUUAGUAGUAUUAGUAGUAGUAGUAGUGGUAGUAAAUCUAUUUGUAGAAGUAAGAAGUUACUAAGAACUCUUGACUGUAAUACUACAGAAAGAGAUGAUGAAUAUUUGGAUAAGGUAUUCGAAUUGGAGUUGUGCUUUGAUGGUGAUAUAUGUAGUCGAAAUAUCAAUCGCCAAAUGGAAAUCAACAAACAUCAGAUUGGAAAUCAACAACAUUAA